AUGAAUAAUCUUAAUAAUAGAGACCAUAAUAAGCUGAUAAUACCAUCAAUAUAUAACGGGAAAGGCAGAAUGGAAGUAGACUUGUCUCCAAGAAGAGAUAAAAACAUAAAUAUCACAAAAUCGGUAAUUAUUUUUAUUAAAACAAAUAAUCCUUCUGAUCAAUUAUCUUUAAAAUUAGAUUGGAAAUGUUCAGAGAACUACUUAACAAAUUACAUCAACUCCAACGUUUCCUCCAAAAAUAAAGUUGAUGACUUACUCGAGGAAAUAAAUGAAUUAUCAGUAGAAAAUAAUAUAGAAGAGUUGAAGAAAUAA